UUUUAGAAUGUUUGGAAGAAGAAUUUUAAUUCUUCUCCAUUUCUCAAUUCUUCCGUUUUGCUUUGCGAGUGAAGGCAAACAUUUGGCAAAACAUCUCUUCUCUGAUGAGGAAAUUCAAGAAGAUGUCAAGGCUGUAGAUUUAGUAAUUCAAGCACCUUGGUUAGUAAAGCCAGAAGCUCCAAAACAAGUUGAUUUGGAAUUGUUGGCCGAAGCUUUGGAUAUUGUUGUGGAAAUGAAUCCAAAUGAAAAAGAAGUUGUGAUUAGAAUGGAUAAAUUGAAUGAAUGGGCAAAGGAAGAGAAGGAUGACAACAAAAACAAACAAGAAUUGGAUUUAAAUCUGACAAAAUCGGAUGAGAAGGAAGCAAAGGUGGAAGAUAUGACGCUUUCACAGCUUUUAAAAUUGGACAUGGAAGAAAACAAAGAAGAAGAAGAAAGUAAAGAUGAAGAAAAAGAAGAAAAACAAUGUUCAGAACAAGACAAACAAAAGUUUUUAUUAAAUAAGUCAAUCGAAUCCCCAAUUCAACAACAAAACAGAACCGAAACAAUUUUUGAAAAGAUUAAUGGGAUUUCUGGAAAUUGGUGGCAUUUUGCGGAAAACAAACAACCAAUGGAAGUUAACACAACUGAAAAUAAGGAAGAUAAACCUUUUGGUAUUUUUGGUGGAGAGAAAGAAGAUGUAGGAGAAAACGAAGAAAAAGAGAAAAAAGAAGAGCGAUUACAAGAGUCCAAUGAAAAUGAAGUUUUUGCCCAAAUUCAAAAAGGGAAAGAGCUUAGAGCCGAAAGGCCUUCAGAAAUGGUUGUUGUUGAUAUGAAUUCGGAUGAAGAUGAUUCUGAUGUUGAGAGUAGUGAAGAGGGUAAAAUUGAGGAUAAAAAGGAAGCAGAGAUUGAAGAAAAAGAAGAGCCAAUGAUGGAAAUUGUUGAGAUUGUUGAUCUGAACAAAGAGAACGAUGAUGAGGAUAAUGAUGACGAUAAUGAUGACGAAGACGAUAAUUCUUCAACAUCAUCUGAAGAAAAAAUUGAGGAAGAAAAAAGUACUGGAAUAUUUAGUGUUUUAACUAAUUUGUUGUUUGGUGGUGGUCGUUUUAAAAGAGAAGCUUUUCCUUUCCCAGCAAUUCCAAAUUCAACAAAAAUUGUUGAACAAUCUGACGUAAAUUCUGGAGAUAAUAUUGAAAAGAUAAAAAUAGUUAAAAGCUUUUCUGGACGUGUAAAAAUGGGAGACAAAAAUGUUGAAUUUUCUGGUUCAAAAUUGGAAAUUACUAAAGAUUUGGGCAAGGAAGAAGAGAAGAAUGAAGAAGAAAAAAGAGAAGAGUUUUUAAGAGAAAUUUUUGAUAAUGACAAAAAGAUUGAAGACUUAAAAGAAGAAGAAAACAAGAUUGUUGAAAAAAUGGAAGAAUUAAUUUCUGAGGAAAAGAAAAUGGAAGAGGAAAAUGAAAAAACAAAAAAUGUGGGUGAAAAAGAAAAUAUUAAAUUAACUGAAAAAGCUAAAAUAGCCAAAUAUCUAACAGAAAUGUUAACAAAAACAUCUGAGGACCGUCCAAAACGAGAUGAGAAAAUUGCUUAUGUUUGGUAUUGUGAAUUGCAAUAUUGGGUAGCAAAGUUUGUUGAAAAAGAAUUUUCGUUGAAAGACAACAAAAAUGAUAGUGGAAAUGUUGGGAAAGUACUUGAUGAAAUGGAUGUUAUUGUUGAGGAAUUUGAAUAUAUUCGUUCGAUUUGGGGAAAAAUUUUGGGAAAAUUAGCUGAAUUGACUGACUUUAUUGGAAAGGAGUUUAAACGACGAAAGUAA